AUGAUGAUGGAUAGGGGGAUCUCGACAAAUCUGACUGGAAAAGUGCGUGCAUGCUUGGGAUGCUCACAGAUAAAGGCAUUGGCCGACUUCCGCAGAGAUGGAUGUGAAAAUUGCCCGAUGCUGAGCAUGAAGGGAAACAUCACAAAUGUUAAUGAGUGUACCACACCAAACUUCAGAGGCGUGAUUGCACUUUUUAAUCCCUCCAGCAGCUGGAUAAGCAGAUGGCAGAGGAUUUCAGAGUUCAAGAAGGGUUUGUAUGCAAUGAAUGUGGAAGGCGUGCUGUCUGAUGAUUGCAUCCGGGAGGUUGAGCAGAACGGAAGAAUGUAUCAUGAACGAGAAGAGUCGUUCAAGUUGUGA